CAGUUGACAGUUGAAGCUCUGGUGGCUGAUACGAUAGUCUUGCCUUGGAAGAGCGAGCUAGUGUGCUUUGCAGCAAGUGUUAUACUUCCAGCGAUUAUCUUGUUGUUCAGAACACAAUAAAAUCUGUGCUUUUCCUGAACAUUUUUUUUAUUUUAUUUUUUCUAUUUGGUGGAUUUAUUUAACAUCUGGAGAUGAGCCGGAGAGAGCUGAGACGGCUCCUGGAGGACCAGCGAACAUGGAGCCGUCAAGGAGAUCAUGAUGAGUCAUCCCAGACCGUGUUUGAGGAGAGGCUGCGGUCUGAGCGACGCAGAGGUGUGAGAAGAUCUCGUCGGAACACCCAGGAACAUCCAUCAAGCGGAGCAACAUCUCCUCGGCUGCAGAGACCUCGGAGGGACCACAGACAUCGAAGCCGCUCUCCUCUUCCUACUCCUCCGGUAGCAACAACGGACAGACCAAGCCCAGAUCCUCGCCCUGGUCCAAGCUCCCAGCAACCAGCUGAGAAUGAGCAGAAUCUUCCAGCCAUGGUGAUUGAGAUCGACGGGCAGAAUCUCGCGGCCAUGAUGAUCGAGAUUGAUGAGCAGAAUCUCCUGGCCAUGGUGGAAGAGAUCUACGGAUUCCAAAUGACCACCAUUGCAGAGGAUGAAGCAGCACAACCAUGUGCUAUCUGUCUGGUGGAGUACGAAGAAGGGGAGCCAGUGAUCGUCCUGUCCUGCAGCCACAGGUAUCAUCCAAGCUGCAUCACACAGUGGUUUGACAUAAAUCUCAGCUGUCCUGUGUGCCGCAGAGAGUGCAUCCCAAGGCCAGUCGUGUGCCUGAUCCGCUGAGUACAGCAGGAAGAGGAACAUCUAAAUCCCCAUCUUCUCUCCAUUCCAUACCAUCUCCGCCAUUCUGCCCAGUUCCAUCAGCUGACUACUAUAUCUCCUGUACUCCUACCACCCUCCUGCGGCCUAGGCUGGACAUAUCCACAGACUCCAUCACCACACUGGGCCUGAUUUAUGUCCUGACGCUGUAGCGGAACAUGCAGUCAAGUACUGAUGUUCGGUACCUUGCACAUGUGCCGGACCCAUGCAUGUGCAGUACAGGUCUAUGGCGUUGGUCAUACUAUGGUAUUAGAUUAUCAGUGAUUGACGGUCUGAUGCUGCGUGAGGACAGGGAACGGGCAGUAACAGCCUCAGUUUCCCUAAAUGGAUUUGUGUCGCCGCCGUUGUUGGGGAGGGAUGCGGUUAAGAGCUCCGUCUGAGGUUGGAGAUAUCCUGGCCCCUUCAUAGUAGAUAAGGUGGCUGACUUCCGUGACUCCUUGGGUCACUCGGCCUGCUUCCAUGUAAGCAGCGCGAUAGCUCCGCCGUCCACAUAUGAAUCAGGCGCACUGUGCUCCUACCAGCCAGUGGCCAUCUUAUGCGUGGCACUGGGGGAAUCCUAUGCAUACCCCACAGCCAUCCUGCUUUGGACAGGAUAGUCCCAAUUUUCGGGAACUGUCUGGCUGUCCCACCCACAGGGCACACUGUUCCGGGGUGGUGGGGAGUUAGGGGAAGCACUCUCACCCCUGCUCUGCAUAGUAUAGAUGCCAUGCGCCCAGAAUCCACCAGGGCCUGAUUCAGAGAUGGAUGCAGAUCAUACAGUAGCUGCAUCUAUGAAGGCAGCUGCUGAAUGAAAAUAUAUAAUGGCCAAGGAGGCGUCUUGUACAAACAGACAUUGCAUGAUGGCUUCUCUGAUCCGCUGCUGUUCUAAGCAUUGUACCAUCUGUAUGAGCAUCGGUCAUCCGAGUAACCCUCAGGCCUCUUCACGCCAAAAAAAAGGGUCCAACAUCAGUGGCAGAACUUGAGAGUGGUGGGCCCAUGUGCAAAAAUAUGCUCUGGGCUCCUCUCCUCCGCCCUAUGGGAGAUGCAGUGGGUGACAGCGGGGAGAGGCUGUGGGUGACAGAAAGAGGGAGAGGGAGACAUUGGAAAUCAAAGGGUGAUGGGGAAGGCAGAGGGUGAUGGGGAGAAGCAUAGGGUGACAAAGGAAUGCAGAGGAAGACAAGGAGAGGUAGAUGGUGAUGGAGAGGCGGUGGGUUGGUUAUAGCAAAAGGCAGAGGGUGACAGGGAGAAAUUUACAUGGAGAGGGUGACAGGGAGGUAGUGGGUGAGAAGGAGACAGUUGGUAACAGGGAGAUAGUAAGAGACAGGGAGAGGGUGACAGGGUGAUAGUGAGUGGCAGGGAGAGGGUUACAGGGGGAUGGUGAUGGUGAGUGGCAGGGAGAGGGUGAUGGUGAGUGGCAGGGAGAGAGUGACAGGGUGAUGGUGAGUGGCAAGGAAAGGGUGACAGGGUGAUAGGGAGUGUCAGGGAGAGGGUGACAGGGUGAUAGGGAGUGUCAGGGAGAAGGAGACAGGGUGAUAGGGAGAUUCAGGGAAAGGGUGACAGGGUGAUAGUGACAGGGAAAGGGUGGCAUGUAGAUAAUUGGUGACAGGGAGAGAGUGGCAUGGAGAUAAUUGGUGACAGGGAGACAGUGACAGUGUGAUAGUGAGUGGCAGGGAGAUGGUAGUAUUAAGAUAGUGGGUGACAGUGACAGGUUGACAGGGCGAUAGUAUCAGGGAGAGGGUGACAGUCACAGGGAGAAAGUGACAUGGAGAUACUGGGUGACAGGGAGAGGGUGACAGUAACAGGGAGAGUAUGACAUGAUGAAUGUGGGUGACAGGGUGAUACUGAGUGGUAGGGAGAGGGUGGCAUGGAGCUAGUGGGUGCUUGGGGAGGCAAUAGAGAAAAGCAAUGAAGUGGCUGCAGGCAACGUCAUUCAAAAGUUUACUUACAAUACUUCUGUGUCCAGGUCCUACAAUACUUCUGUGUCCAGGUCCAGGUCAGAUCAGCGUUGCUUGGCUGUGAGAUGGGCUGGGCUGUCUCUACAUGCAGUGGCAGGGCUGGCCUCCAUCCACUCUGCUUGGAUACGAUGCAGGGGCAGAUCUAGACUUUACUUUUAGGGGGGGUAAUUAUUUCUCCUGACUCCUCCCCUUUUUCAUGCCAACUCCUCCCCUUUACAAUGUCUCUUACGGUGACCUGGGCCAAGUGCCCAGCAUCACUCCUUAUAUGCGGCUCAGGCCUAUGGCCACAGGCCUGAGUUUUAGCCAUGCGCAUAGUGCCUGCCUACCAUGGGGCAGUUUGGGUGAACUGGGCCUAAUGCCCAGAGUCACCUUAUACUCCUACAGGGGCCACACUUAACUGAUAGGGCCUAGUGCCCUCUGACAUGCCCACAGGCCUAAGCGUGAACUGAGCCACAGGCCUAGUGCGCGAUAUCUGCGCCCUGAACCAAAGGGCCCGCCUAGUGCGCCACAGGCCUAGUGUCUGAUUUGACCCCACGGGCCUAAUGCCUGAAAUCUGAUGGUCUAGUGGUGAAGGGGGUGACUUGCGUGCCUCACUGUGGGCCUACCUACCCUGUUGGAGAAGCGAUGCCCGAUCCUCAACUUCUGUCUUUGGUCGCCGCCCCUUCUCCAUGGUCAGCCGACGCUGGAGGUCUUCAUUCUUGAUGGCAGCGCAUUCAGGCCACUUUCACAGCCUCAGGAACUGCCAACUCCUCCCCUUUACAGUGUCUUUUCUGGUGACCUGGGCCAAGCGCCCAGCAUCACUCCUUAUAUGCGGUUCAGCCCUACGGGCCUGCCUACUUGUGGGCACGCAAACUAAUAGGGCCUAGUACCCCUUAACUGGCCAAAGGUCUAAAGCAUGACUUUUAGCCAUGGGCCUAGUAUCUGCCUACCAUGGGGCAGUUUGGGUGACCUAGGCCUAAUGCCCAGAGUCACCAUAUACACCUAUGGGGCCACACUUAACUGAUAGGGCCUAGUGCCCUCUGACAUGCCCACAGGCCUAAGCCUGAACUGGUCCACAGGCCUAGUGCUCGACCUCUGCACCCUGGGUCAAAGGGCCCGCAUAGUGCGUCACAGGCCUAGUGUCUGAUUUGACCCCAAGGGCCUAAUGACCAAAAUCUGGUGGUCUAGUGGGGAAGGGGGUGACUUGCGUGUCUCACUGAGGGCCUACCUACACUGUCGGAGAAGCGCUUACCGGUCCUCAACUUCUGUCUUUGGCCGCCGCCCCUUCUCUGUGUUCAGGCGGCGCUGAUGAUCUUCUUUCUUGAUAGCAGCGUAUUCAGGCCUCUUCCGCGGCCUCGGGAACUGCUCCCGCAGCAUCCUCUUCACUCCCCGGCCACUGCGAUCCCUUCUUCUUUCUUCUAUGAUGUCUGUCUUCUUCGGUCCCAGCAGUGGCAGCCCAGCAUCUCCAGAAAUGCUGGGCACACCCCCAAAGUGUUGCACCUCCCAAAGCUCCUGUCAAUCCUACAGGGGGUUUCAUAAAACAAACUGCUAUCAGACAUCGGUGCUUAUAACACUGUUGUCAUCUCGAUAAAGACGCUGCACAGCGUAGAAAUGUAUAGAAACAGUGUUUUGAUAUUGGUCUGACAACCAAAAUCCAUAUUUCUGAACCCACUGCGUAUUGAUACCCGGGUUACAUUUUUCCAGUGGAUUGUAUAUAACAUCAUUAUGGUACAGUUGUCUUGUCCAAUCGCAUGUAUUUAUCACUUCUAAUAAAUACUUUUGGAUUAGAAUACGGUUCUUUCUGGUUCCAUAUAUAUGUUAUUUGAGACAUCAGUCUCUAUCAUUAUCCAGCAAUAGGGACUACAGAAGUCCAAAGAAACCUUUAUGUGCGUCACAUCUAUUUGUUACAAGUAAGCAUACAUGUAAAAAUCUGCUCAAGUUUGCAUCUAUCACCACUUUGAGUGUCGACGUACAGGAAUGAGAGACUUAUAAUUGGAUUGGGACCUAGCACACUCUUAAGGUCCGUACACACUUAACGAUUAAAUGAGCGGCGUCGCUCAUUUUCCCCCUCCUUGAGCGACGUCGCUCAUUUAAUCGUUAAGUGUGUAUGCCGCCAGCGACGAACGAUGCGCGGCCCCGCGGGUCGGCAACGAUUGUCGCUGUCGGUAGGGCAUGCAUGAAGGAUGUGGACUGUCGUCCACGACCUUCAUGCAGCGCUGGCGGGGGCGUGACGUCACUGAGCGAUAUGAGCUGUCAUAUCGCUCAGUGUGUACAGUCGGCCGCCGGCCGGCCCGGGAGGGGGAAACAUUAGACGAUGUCGCUCACAGAGCGACAUCGUCUAAUGUGUAUGGGCCUUUACCUUCCUUGUAUCACCGACUGGUGGAGCUGUGUUUAUUCACAGUAUUACACUAUUGUGUGAUUUUCUUGUUUCUAUGUGAUUACCAUCGGACAUUACAUCGUUUGACUCUAUUGUGAAAUCACCACAUUGAGGAUCAACAAAAGUUUGGGACAUUUUAAAGCGCAAGUGAGGUUGUACCCUUUUUUUUUUUCCAUAUGUUGUUAUAGGUUGGUGAGCUAUUUUGUACUAUCUCGUGCUGCUUCAUUGUGCAGCGCCAUAGGAGGAAUUGUUUAUUGUAUUCUUCAGCUCCUGCCCGGCCUCUGAUGUCAGACAGGGGCGGUGCCUAUGACGCAACCAGAGCUGAUUGGCUACAGCAGAGUAUACUAGGGUGCCUGCUGUGGUUUCUCCUCCCUUUUUGCUCACCUCUGUGGCUUCAGCUUCGGGGGUGGCUUUAACUUUUUCAGAGUUUAAUGAAGAGCUGAGAGAAGAUGAAGCUGUUUUCUCGGCGGAGGCAUCGGUGUCUGGUCCGCCUGAGACUUCAGGUGAGGCACAGCCAGAUUAAGGGAGGGCCCAGGGGAUACGUUACCCCGGGCCCCAUAACCUCUCAGGGCCCCCUGUGCUGGACCAAUUUGUUUUUCAGAGAUGGAGACAACCUUGUCUCCAUCUCUGCAGCGGUCAGGGCCGCCCCCAUGCACAAUCAGAGCGCCUGCCUGGCUGCUCCUCACAGAGAGCUCUGAUCGGCAGAGCUCUCUGCAUUGGAUACAGUGCACCCACACAGCUAAGGCCGGGAGCUACUGAGCAUGUGCAGUAGCAGCUCAGCUCAUAUGGACUCCGGCAGUGACUCGCCUCUUACUUAUUUGGUUAAUUUUGUAUUUUGUGUGUGUAUGCGUGUGUGUGUAUUUGUAGGUAUGCGGUGUGUGUGUAUGUAUGUAUGUAUGUAGUGUGUGUGUGUGUGUGUGUGUGUGUGUGUGUGUGUGUGUGUGUGUGUGUGUGUGUGUGUGUGUGUGUGUGUAGGUAUAUGAUGUGUGUAUAUGUGUGUGUGCGUGCUAUGUGUGUUUGUACUAGGUAUGCUGUCUAUGUAUGUAUGUAUGUAUGUAUGUAUGGUGUGUGUGUAUGUGUAUGUAUGUAUGUAUGCAUAAUAUGUGUGUGUUUGUAUGUAUGCUGUAUGAGUAUGUAUGCUGUGUGUAUGUAUAUAUAUAUAUAUAUGUAUGUAUGUAUGUAUGUAUGCUGUGUGUGUUUGGAUGCAUAGUGUGUGUGUGUGUGUGUGUGUGUGUGUGUGUGUGUGUGUGUGUGUGUGUGUGUGUGUGUGUGUGUGCUAUAUGUGUGUGUAUUCAUGAUAUGUGUGUUUGUAGGUAUGCUGUGCAUGUAUGUAUGUAUGUUGUGUAUAUGCAAGUAUGCUGUGUGUGUGUGUGUGUGUGUGUGUGUGUGUGUGUAUGUAUGCUGUGUGUGUGUGUGUGUAUGUAUGCUGUGUGAAUGCAUGUAUGUAUGGUGUGUGUUUGUAUAUAUGUAUAUGAACACACGCAUAUUAUAUAUAUAUAUUGGGCCUAUAUCAGUAAGGAUUGCAAAGUCUGCUAAGAUGCAGAAUUUGCAAUCCUUGUGUGAUCGCAUGCUGACAGCUGCCCAUCGCAGGGCAAGACCACCCAGCAUGCUGACCGCCACCGCCACCCCCUCCCCCCUUGAGCAAGCAGAAUUUGCGAUUGCACAGCAAUUUCUGCUUGAUUGCAAAUAAUGGGUAGCCUCCUGCCGGCGCAGGCCGCCAACAUUUUUGUGAUUGCAGCGGCUGUGUGUGACAUCAUGCAGCCAUCCCGACCACGCCGCUGCCGCACUCCAUUCACGCCGCCGUGUACCCGCAAUGCUCCGUUUCCAGCUAGGAAUUGUAACGUUGCUGCCCAAUGAACGUCCACCGUCCAUGCCCACGAAUGCCUCUGCCUGAUUGUCAUGCAGAGGUGUUCGCAUUUUCUGCUGGAGCCCGCAGGAAAUGUGGGUGCAUGCGCAGGAGAGGCCCUGCGGAUUUCCCCGCUUCCUUUUAGUAAUUCUUACAGUUGGAUCGCAAAUAGUCGACCAUAGUCCUCAGGGCGCCCCCUUGACUUGAGUUCCCCAGACCCCCGUAGCCUUUAUCUGGCUCUGAGAUGAGGCACCGGGGGAAUCAGACGAUGAUGAUAGAUCUUCCUCCUCCUCUUCGCUGUCACCUUCUGCUACUAGCGCAGUCAGGGUAUAGAAGCGUUCUGCUAAGUAUGCUAGACAAGAGGCUGUUAGGUGCGGCUAAGCUCCGGCGGGUUUAGAUAGUUUGCGCAGGGCUUAGCAGCGUUUAGGCGCAUGCAGGACUUGUUGCACUGUUUGUUGGUCUUGUACGUCUCCCCCUGUCCUCCCUACUCGGGGAUUAGCUACUCGCCACUGUUGGCAGUGGGAGUCUAGAGGGAUUUAACAAUUUUUUACCUGGACUGACGGACUUAAUUCGGCUUAAUUAUACUUGAUUUGGCUAAUUGGAUUUUAAUUAUAUGUCCCUCAGCAGGUUUUAAGUUUUACCUCUAGCCGAGUUUACUUGUGUGACACCCCCCCCCCCCCCAUUUAUUUGUUUUACCUCCUAUCCUAUUGUACCUAUAUGUUGCUUCGAUUGGCCUGAAGCUCGUUUACAUGGAAUUUCCAUGCUAUCUUUUUUUCUUUUUGGCAGAUCCUCAUUUCAUUAUGUUUCCAACAGAACUGUUACUAUUUUACGUGUCAGUUUGAUCAUUUUCUCUGGUUCUUUCCAUCCCUUAUAGGUUUGCUGGGCGAUAGGCGCAAGGAUGGCAUAGCUGCCCGCUCAUGUCUUCUGCUCGGCUAGGUUUAUGGCUUUAAGUUUACGCCUUUAAAGCUCAUUUAAAUAAAUAGAUAACAGUUUCUGCCAAA